GGUGGUGACUUUACCAAUCAUAACGGAACCGGGGGAAAAUCCAUUUAUGGCAGUAGAUUUCCAGAUGAAAAUUUCAUACUUAAGCACGUAGGACCUGGUGUUCUUUCAAUGGCCAAUGCAGGACCCAAUACAAAUGGAUCUCAGUUCUUCAUUUGUACUGCAAAGACUGACUGGCUGGAUGGGAAACAUGUUGUUUUUGGGCAUGUAAAGGAAGGAAUGGAUGUCGUGAGAAAAAUUGAGAGCUUUGGUUCCAAGAGUGGAAAGCCCUCCAAAAAGAUUGUCAUUACUGACUGUGGCCAGCUGUCUUAG